UGUUUGUCAUGCUAGCGACAUUCACCCGGGGUGUGCUCACCGAGGUAGGGUGCCGAUCUUCCGGAAACAUUCGGUAUUGGUUUAUUUAGUCCAAUUGUUGUGUUCAUGAUCACCUGAAGAUCGCACCAUGACUUGCUGUGAUUGACUGAGAAGACCAUGGAUAUCCGAGCGAGGUUUUCGGCGUGCUGGGAGAGAUGUCUGGCUUGUUUUAAAAAACCCAAUCAAACCGAAAGUGGGAAAAAAGAGCAGAAAAAAGAAAACCCUCACAACCCUGACAUCGUCUUGAAAACCCCCAACCCCGCCGAGCGAAAACCCAAAGUGGUGAAACAGCCGGUUAGCGUAGCACAUAAUCGUUUUGUGGCAGUUUAUGACUACUCCGCUCGUACCGGCGAGGACUUGAGCUUCAAAGCCGGCGACAUCUUGGACGUUGCGGAUACAAGUGCAGAAGACUGGUGGUUCGCCAAAGCCAUCACUGGGAUUUCUGCAUCAAAAGAAGGAUACAUCCCCGCUAACUACGUGGCCCCAGUUGCGAGUAUCGACGCAGAACCAUGGUAUUUCCCGGACACCAAAAGGCUGGAUGCAGAGAAGAUGCUGUUAAGUGGAAAGAACCGCAACGGGGCCUUCUUAAUCCGGAACUGUGAAAGCCAGAAAGGGGAACUCUCCCUCUCACUGCUGGAUGAUGGGAGGGUGAAGCAUUAUAAAUUAAGAAGAAAUGAAAUGGGUGACUACUUUGUCACAAGGGCCAAAGUCUUCGAAACGCUGAAGAUGUUAGUGCAACACUACUCCACAAAAGCAGAUGGACUCUGUGUAUGUCUAGGAGAACCAUGCAAAAAGAUUGAGACUCCACAGACUUAUGGCCUGUCCUACAACACCGUGGACCAAUGGGAGAUUGACCGCCGCUCCAUCAAGCUGCUGCAUAAGCUGGGAGCAGGUCAGUUUGGAGAAGUUUAUGAGGGCCUCUGGAACGAAACCACACCAGUCGCUGUGAAGACACUCAAACCCGGUACCAUGGCUACGGCAGACUUCCUCAGAGAGGCUCAGAUCAUGAAGAGACUAAGGCAUGCCAAGUUAAUCCAACUUUACGCCGUGUGCACCAUGGAGGAGCCCAUCUAUAUCAUCACAGAGCUGAUGAAGAACGGCAGCUUGCUUGAAUACCUGCAAAAGGACAAGGGUUCCACACUACAGCUCCCUGACCAGAUUGAGAUGGCUGCCCAGGUGGCAUCAGGCAUGGCUUUCCUGGAGUUGCAGAACUACAUUCACAGAGACCUUGCAGCCAGGAAUGUGCUAGUAGGGGAGAACAACAUCUGCAAAGUGGCAGAUUUUGGCCUUGCCAGGGUGUUUAAGAGUGAGAGUGUAUAUGAGGCAAGAGAAGGUACCAAAUUCCCGGUGAAAUGGACCUCCCCCGAGUCCAUCCACAGCAGCACAUUCACCAUCAAAUCCGACGUCUGGUCGUUUGGUAUUUUGCUUUACGAGAUUAUGACAUUUGGCAAAAUGCCAUACCCGGACAUGACAAACUACCAAGUCGUCCAAAGAGUUCCCCUGGGCUACAGAAUGUCCUGUCCGGCCAACUGCCCCAGAGUCAUGUAUGAUAUCAUGAUGGAAUGCUGGAAGGAGAGCGAACACGAUCGGCCGACAUUUGAGACCUUGCAAUGGAAGCUGGAGGAGUUCUUUGAGCUGAACGCGACCUCUUAUGACGAUGCUUCCCGCGAUUAGUACCCACAGAGAACGAGAGACCCAAUCUGUAUUGGAAUGAAGUCAAAAUCACUUGAAUCCGUAAGUGUACUCGGUAUGUAUUUCGAAAUUCUCCCAUCAAAUUCAGUGGCACCCUGUGAGCUUCUGCUCCAGUCUACCGUAAAGGACUCCAGUGCUGCCGAAAGACUAUCUCGCCAUCUCGAUAAACCGGUUCUUCUUGCUAUUCUUCCUCGUGCACAUUCUUUCCACUGUCGACAAAAGACAUGAGUGAGUGAUUCAUGCUAACAACACCUUACCUCAACUAACAGAUUGCUUCAGUAGUGAGUAAUGUGAGACUAUUCCGGGCGUGUAAUGUUUUACAGCCUGCGUGCACUUUUAGUAUGGAAAGCAUGGUCCUUGUUCAUGGCAGCUUCGAUGGCUUCUAUGGCGUUGGUCUGUGUAUCAGCACAAGCCUUCUUUCUGUACUUCUCAGCUUCAUUAUCCAGCAUGGCUCUUCCGUCAUUGCACUCGCUUGCUUGUUUUGCUGAUUUGCAGAUACAAGUAAGCUACAUCACUUUGACUAAUUGUGUAUAAUUAACCAUAUAACCGCAAGAUGUGGUGAUUUUGUACAUUUUAAUAUAUUCAAGUCAAAUCAGUGUUUAGAUAACCUUACUAAAUUGUAUUUUUUAUUGUGUUAAAUUAAACAAUGAAGUGAACGCAUAAAGAAUGAUGUAGUUUUUUGAUGUUUUGGUUCAGGUUCAUGGCUGGUGAGGCACUGCCGACUUUGGAGUUUUUCAUACAGUACAGGUUGCUUGUUUAGAUAUUCCAUUUAUAAUACAGUUCAAUGGACAAAUAUUUUUUGUUUCAUUUUUUCAUCAUGACCAGCCUCCCCCGACUGCUGACGAUCAAGAAAUCUGGUAAAAUAUUUCACUUUGUAUGCACUGAAUCUACACAAUAUAAGAACUUACCAU